AUGAGGCUACUCUCGGCAAAGAAUGCCGUGCUCCUUACUGCCUUCAUAAGCAACCUUCCUCACUUUAUCUUGGGAGCCCCAAUCGCCCAGACCGCAGAUGUCACUGAACAAGUCAUUACUCGCAACGGUGAUCUUUUUGUUGUACCCGUCCAACAAGCUGAAGAUUCCAAUAUCACCAAUCGGGAUGAGGACGACUUUUCUCUCAAGCUUAUUAAAGGUGUCAAAAGAAUCGUAACCAGAGUAGGAAUCCCUCGACCUCCUACGCCUCCGGUUCUCAGACCUAGACCUCAUCCUGUUCCUGUUCCUGUUCCUGUUCCGGGUCCGGUAGCCCCUAAGCCCAAGCCAGUUCCCAAGCAAGAUCCUUUGCCAAAACCCCUACCACGUCCUAAUCCUCCGGCACCAAAACCUAACCAUCAACCAAUCCCACUCAGUGAAAAUCCUGGGCAGGGCGUUGGUAUUGGCAAUCAGCCCAAGCCUAUGGAGAACUAUGCAAACUUGGGACAGACGCAAGUAAAUAAAUACGAAACAGCCGCUAAGAGCGAUAAGCCAGACACCCCAAUGGUCAAUAAUGAAGCGGAUCUUGCCAAGUAUGGACCGAACGAGGCGUUUAUGGACAUCCGUAUUCUGAACGACCAGUACAAGAUCUACGACAUCGACGUGUUUAUCAGUGAGUUGGAGGAAUUGAAGAAUUUCCGCACAGACGAGCUUGGAUUCAAUAUCAACGCUGCAGGACUGUUAAGACAGACAGUGGUCAACAGCGCAAAAGAUGGCAAAAUGAUUAACCGAGGCACGUACGACAAGAAUGGACAGUUCAUUGUUUAUCAAGACGCUUUCAAGGACGCUGACACAGCGGCUGGCACGAAAGUCCCAUUGAAUGAGAUAGGUAUACAGCAGUUCCAGAAGGCAACUCUGGUGGGAACACAAGACAAGGGCAAAACCAAAAACUUCAAAGCAGCGUUCCUCAUGGAUGUUCAGAACAAAGAGUUCUGGGCGAUUACCAGAGAGAACUACAACGACAUGAAGCAGCCUUUUAGCGAAAUUCUUACGUUCAACCGUGGAACUCCACAAUUUGAUCGCUUUAUGGGAAGCCCAAACUUCAACAGCAAGUUCUACUCUUUUGCUAACCACCACAAUGCUAUCGGUAACAAGGUCCCAGAUAAGGUCAUUGUUGUUCCUAAACAGGCUGAAAACUCCGGUAAUAAGCUUACUGUUGCUGUCGUCUUUAAAGAUGCUUAA